AUGGCCCUGGGGAAGAGAGAUUCGGUUGAGCCGCUGCUUCAACGCUACGCGCGUCUCCGAGCCUCAAACUUCCGCGCGAGCGGGGCCUCGCGUCAUCAGGACUCGACGACCACGUCCGCCGGCACCGCCACCAACCCCGCCGCGCGGAUAUUCAUGCCCCGGCCGGUGGUGCUGAGCGCAGUCGGUCCGAACCCUUGCCUUCUGGCGGCGGUCCGCGCCUCCGUUGGCUCCUCCGAGUGCUCCGAGCUCUCCUCCAUCACGCGCAGCAUCGAGCCGGCGUCGCGCGGAGUCGCAGGACACGCGGACGCCAUCCCUGUGUGCCGACGAUGUCUCUCGCACGCCUCGUCCUCCUCCUGUGGCGGUGAUGGCGGCGGUGGGGGCGUCGGAGGCGGCGGUGGUUGCGGUGCAGCGGAACGCGCAGAAGGCAGCGAAGGUGAUGACUCGUGUGGUGGCACAUUCAGAUUCGAUCGGCGGCCCAAAACCGAACCGCAGGCCUACUACGAGACACUGGGGUCGAGAAUUGAGAUGCUGAAUUCCACUUCCGCCAGGUCAGUUCUGGCGGGCUGUGUAGUGAUCGAUUUAAACAGCACCAAAGUUAUCGAUAUUGUUGGAAUGGGUUUUUUUCUCAAUCGGAAAUGGCUUUGUUUCGACAAUGUUCCAAUUCACAUGCGUUUUUCUGUGCCCCCAAGAGUUGUCGCUGCCACCGCCCUGGAGUUUGGCGAAUGUCAAAAAUCCGCGGCAUUCGGCUGGUGUAUUUGUCGUGUUUGGAGCGUUCUGCGGAAUCGCCUAUCGGCCACCACUUUUCACCUGUCGUGGUUGCGUCCACAGGGUUUUAUGCGAGAGUGGAUAUCGGGGGGGGGCGUAGUCGUUCUCACCCUCACCCCCACCUCCCCCCCCACCCUCUUCCUGUCUCCACGUGUCGCAUUUUUGCCGUCCUCAUGCAUGCCUGCUUGCUUGCUCGCUAUACACGCCCUCUCGACCACAUUUCGACCAAUCGGAGAGCCGAGUUCGAAUCCGGAGACUGACCCGGAGACCGAGGGCGUCUCGUCUUCAAGUCGAAGCAGUCGCUUUGAGGAGGCUCAAGGCGGCGUCGUGCGUGGCACUUCGGUGGGUCCGUGUGGUACCGCAUCCUCUGCCGCCGACGACACCCUCACGGGCCUUCCGCGUCGUUCAGCCAGUCCCGACGGCAUGGAAUCGUCCGUCUACCACCCAGUUUGUCGACUCUGUCUUCGAGAACUCGCGAGAGUCGCUGAGGGCUCCACCACGGUCUGCGCCUCCGUCGAUUGCGUCGCCAGCUUCCACCAGGCCUGCUUCCUCAUCUCCCACGUGAUCACAAUGCAGUCAUCCAAUGAGAUUUUGAGUCGUUGUAGCCCCGCUUUGCGCACUCAAUUGGUGCUCGCGUGCCCGUGCGUACGUGCUUCUAUCGAUUAUCGGUUGUCGCGCCACCAAAAUCGCUGUCUAGCCAGACUAUCCUGUCGCCUCAUUGCGCACAAAUCAGCCUCUUCGCUGCUUUUCCGCUCUGGUCUCGUGGUUGUUUCGCACACACACAUGCUUCCCAGGCAGGACGAAUGCGAGACAGAAACUGGCUCCCUGUACUGUCCAGUCUGCGGUCGAGUCUGGACAACCGCUCUGACCCCAACCAACCCACCGGACGACGCACGAAAACUGCAAGCUCCCCGGUGUGCCGAAGACGCGCAUUGCGUGGCGUCGUCAUGGGCCCCUGGCGUCGCCAUCGUCUCCACACGUCUGGCUCCCUCCAACGGCGACAACAUCUUCCUCCACAGCCACGUGAUCCCUGGACUGAAGGACAGUCUCGAUGACUGGAAAUCGGCUUUUUCCGAGGAGGUCGCCAUGGGAAUCAUCUCGCCCUACUGGCAUGUGCGUCAAAGCGCGCUGCGCCAGGUCGCCAAGAUCACCAUUUGUCGAGUGCUGAUGGCGCGCAGGUCACCCUCCAUCACCUUCCACCAAUCCGAGGGCUCGACCCCCAACAAACUCGGCCCCGAGUCUCUCAGAAUGUCCUUCAGACUCAUCCAGUACUUCCUUAGCGACCCUGCGGACGAGGUGUUCAUCGCGUCGCUGUGCCAACACGAAGGCAACAAGAUGUUCUUUGUAGAGUUCCAGCCAGUCGGCUACAUCGCCUACAUCGCCUCAGCUGCCACACCACACCCUCUAAGAUGCUCUCUCGAGUUGGAAUUCCACACCAAACGCGAGUCAUCAUUCCACCACAACUGUCGAUCUCCCGUUGAAAGCCCCACGUGGGUUGUGGACUCUCUCGCCACCAAAUUCUCCUCACACAAAUUCGCGUUUUCAAGUUUGCAAUGCAGAGUCGACGAAAAAGAAGAAGGCGGCGGCGGCGGCGGCGAAUGA